AUGGUCGCUAACAACAACAAUGAUGAUAAUAUCCCACAAAUAAAAAGGAGAGUGAAACUACAAUUGAUAGAUGAUAUGAAUUCAAGAAAAGCUACAUUCAGAAAGAGACGUGCUGGGUUGUUGAAGAAGUUGGAGCAGCUCGCCAUCCUUUGUGACAUUCAGGCUUGUAUUGCCAUUUUUGGUCUAGCGGAAGCAAUAUAUGGUGGAGAAAUGGUGAUUGAUGUCUCAUAUUUUGGAAGGCACAUACACAGUGAGACUACGCGUGCCAAUGGCCGGACCCAUAAACUUUGUGCGGAGACAUCUUGUCCUGUUUCAAUUGGUGAUUUUAAUGUUGCUUAUACUCAAGUUCUACCUGGUUUCACCUGUAAGCUAUUACAAUCAUUUGGUUCAUAUUCAUUGAAGAUGAAGAUGUUUGAGGGAAGCAAGAAUGAAGUGACUUGCAUUGAAUUUGGUUUCUAUAUUGGGUUUGUUACUUUGUUUCCACCUACCAUUGCUGAUAUAUAUAUAGCUGAGUGA